AUGGAACCAAUCAACAUUGUUCGAUUUUCCCCCUCAGAGCAUGGCAAAUUCCUCCCCGCCAUUCUCCAAAUGCACAUUGACUGCAUCGAGUCUGACGGUGCCCUGCUACGCUUCCACCCGCCAUUCACUCUCGAAAAGCGUCAGAAAAUGGAAACUUUCUGGAAAGCUCGCCUUUCCCAAAUUUCUACCGGUCAUAGAAUCACAUUGAUUGCAUUGGCAUCUUCGGACGGCAAGCAAGAAACUGACAUUGCCGGUAUUGUGGAGUUGGGCAUGACGGAAGCAGAUACGGGCCCCUUCCGGGGUGAUUUGGAGAUGCUGAUGGUGUCGCCAAAGUACCGCCGUAGAGGGUUGGCAAGCAAACUGAUUGAUGAACUGGAAGAAAUUGCAAAAGACGAGAAAAGAACACUGUUGCUGCUGUCUACAGACAUUGGCUCAACAGCCGAAAAAUACUUGUAUCCUCGCCGAGGCUAUACUUUGAUGGGAACGGUUCCCAACUAUGGCAUCUCGCCGACUGAUGGAUCGUUGAAGGAUGGCGCAUUCUUCUACAAGCAAUUAAUAGCGCCCGUGGCGGGAGCCUGA